AUGUCGCGCCAUCGCAUUAAAGCCGUUGGCUACGACGAUGAAGAGUUGGACGACUACGAUGACGACGGAUAUAACUCGGAAGAACAGGAGUUUGCCCAACAAUGUACAGAGGAGGUGUUGAAACAGCUCCGCACGGGGGAUUCUCCGGUCACUGCGACACGCGAAGAGGUCCAAGAGAGCUUGUGGCAUUACUAUAAUGAUGUCGAAAAAACCGUGAACUACAUACGAAACAAGAGAGCCAAGGAGACCAAGAAGAAGCAGAGCGCGCCGGCUCCGGUCGCAAAGGCAAAGGGCAGUAUUUCGGCGUCUUUUCCUGGAUUUCCCAUACCGUCCUUGCCGCCUGUCGCCCACUUCUCGGCAAAGGACUUUUUUCGCGACUCGCCGUGGCUUAGCGUGCCAGCGCAUCGGAAGGCCGAGAUUUUGGUGGAACCUCUGUAUCCUGGGCUUGGGCUUCUCGGGGGUGCGCCUGAGGCUGGGGGGAAGAUGUCGAAGUUGGCUGCGUUGGCUGCGGCGCGCAAAAAGAAGGAGGGCGAGAAGACACCCAGCCCUGUCCCCACGCCUCAGACAGAUAGCGCUGAGCCCUCGAGGUCCGCCACUCCAUCCAAGGGCGCCCCACUAUCGCUGAGUGAAAGGCUUGCACGCAACGGGAAGCUGCCCAAGUCUUCGGAUAGCUCACAGUCUCCGAGCCCGGCGAGAGGGUCGCGCCUGGAGAGUCCUGCGUCCCCGAAAAAGCCUUCGCCGAAGCCUUCGCCCGAACGUCCUAAGCCAAGCACUGUCGACGAACCCCAUCCUAGUCCACCAGCAGAUACUCCGACGGAGACGAAAAAGGAAGAGCCGGAGGUGAACAUCAUGGCGCCGCCGUCUACCUUUGCUAGCACGAUCGUCGGGGACGCCAUCCGUCCAAAGGCCGAGCCCAGCCACCUGUCUUCAAACACGUUGGAUCUGAUCAAGAUUUACGGGCAAGACCUCACUGAACCGUUUGACUUUACAGGCCCCAGUCCCGACGAUGUCGUCAUGAACGCACAGAGCUCAGCUAAAGGCUUCAAAUCGAAACAGUCUGCUGCCAAGUCGACAGGCGACAAGAAAUCGAGCGAUCUGGCGAGCGGUAUGGACAACCUGAGUGUUGUAGAAAAGGUGAACGUCAAGAGCAAGAAUCUCGACGUUCUGUCGGAAUUUGAGAAGACGAAACGGAAGAGAGCUAUGAAUUUCGCGGUGAUCGGUCACGUGGAUGCAGGAAAGAGUACACUGAUGGGACGCUUACUAGCGGACCUCAAGGCAGUCGACCAACGCACCCUUGAUAGAUACCGCCGGGAAGCCGAGAAGAUCGGAAAGGGGUCGUUUGCUUUGGCUUGGGUGUUGGAUCAGGGGUCCGAGGAGCGCGCGCGCGGUGUGACGAUCGAUAUUGCGACCAACAACUUCGAGACGGAGGACACCGUGUUCACCAUUGUCGAUUCGCCCGGGCACCGAGAUUUCGUGCCGAACAUGAUCGCCGGCGCCAGUCAGGCGGACUUCGCCGUACUCGUUAUCGAUGCGGGGACCGGCAACUACGAGGCGGGGUUGAAGGGGCAGACCAAGGAGCAUGCGUUACUGGUGCGCAGUAUGGGUGUGCAGAGGGUCAUCGUGGCGGUGAACAAGAUGGACUCGGUGGAGUGGAGCAAAGACCGGUUCGAAGAGAUCGAACAGCAGGUGUCGUCCUUCAUGACCACCGCCGGGUUCCAGGCCAAGAACCUGUCCUUUGUGCCCUGCUCGGGGAUCAGCGGUGCCAACGUGACCCGACGGAGCGAAGACCCCCAGGUGUCGUGGUACACGGGCCGCACGGUGAUCGAGGAGCUGGAGGCCACCGAGCCUCACGCCCACGCGGUGGACAAGCCCCUCCGCAUGACGAUUGGCGACGUCUUCCGGGGUAGUGUGCAGAACCCGCUGUCCAUCUCGGGCCGCCUCGACGCCGGCAGUCUGCAGGUGGGCGACGUCAUCCUCACGAUGCCCAGCGGGGAGACGGCCACCAUCCGGAGUCUGGAGGUAGACGGGACGCCCCGGGACUGGGCGGUGGCCGGUCAGAACGUGGUCUUGAACCUGGCGAACAUUGAUCCCAUCCACCUGCGGACGGGCGAUGUGAUCUGCCGCGCGUCCGCACCGAUUAAGAACAUCACCUCGUUCACCACCAAGGUGCUGGCGUUCGAGCACCUAAUGCCCAGCAUGAUCGACGUCCACCACGGACGGCUGCACGUGCCCGGGCGGAUCAGUAAGCUGGUGGCCACGCUGGACAAGGGGUCUGGCGCUGUGCUCAAGAAGAAGCCCAAGAUCAUCGCCCCAGGCACGGUGGCGCGGAUUGCGGUCGAGAUGGACCAGGCUGUUCCCCUCGAGGCCCCGACGCGGAUUGUGCUGCGGGCUGGCGGCGACACGGUGGCCGCUGGGUUACUGGAAUAG